CAUUUCCCCAUUGGUCAUUUAGUAUAAAGACCAGACCAUUGGUCAUUUGGUCUGAGCUAGUGCAAAACUAUUCGAAAUGAAAAAAAAGAAAAAAAGAACCAUGCAGGUGGAAUAAAAACCAAAAUGAAGAAUACAACAAAGCGCAUAAUUACCAAACGCCGAAGCUAGCGCGUGAGGAAGAAGGUCGGUAGGUUCAUUGGUAACAUCAGCAGAGAAGACAAAUGGAGAGAGAGAGAGAGAUAGAAACACUUUGAGGAGAAGAAAAGAAAAAACCAACCAAUCGAAGAACUCAAAGAGAUCACGAAACCCUAGCUAGUAGUAGUAGUGGAGCAGAAGAGAGAUCGGUUGAACACACGGCAGAGAUGAUGAGGUCAUCAUCACGUGGAGGGAAGAAACCAGUACUGUCCAAGAAAACGACGCCGUGUUGCACGAAGACGGGGAUGAAGAGAGGACCAUGGACGGUGGAGGAGGAUGAGAUCCUUGUGAGCUUCAUAAACAAAGAAGGUGAAGGACGCUGGCGAUCGCUUCCCAAGAGAGCUGGUUUGCUUCGGUGUGGCAAGAGCUGCCGUCUACGCUGGAUGAACUAUCUCCGGCCGUCUGUCAAACACGGCGGUAUUACCUCCGAUGAGGAAGAUCUCAUCCUCCGUCUUCACCGCCUUCUUGGCAACCGGUGGUCAUUGAUCGCGGGAAGGAUACCAGGAAGGACUGAUAAUGAAAUCAAGAACUAUUGGAACACUCAUCUUCGUAAGAAACUUUUAAGGCAGGGCAUUGAUCCUCAAACCCACAAGCCUCUUGAUGUAAACCAUAUCCAUUAUAAACCUGAAGAAGAAGUUUCCGGUGGACAAAACCCUCUAGAUCCUAAUUCUAGUUCCCAUACGGAUACCACCGUCGAUAGCGGUGAUGGAGCUACCAAGAAGAGUAUUAGUGUCUUUGGUGGUGAAGGAAACUACGAUGACUUUGGUUUCUGCUACGACGACAAGUUCUCAUCGUUUCUUAAUUCGCUUAUCAACGAUGAUGAUGAUCCUUUUGGUAACAUUAUCCCAAUAUUAUCUCAACCGUUGCAGAUGGAUGAUUGUAAAGAUGACAUAGUUGGAGCGUCGUCGAGCUUAGGACAUAACCAGAGAAAAGAAGAUUUAUAGUUGAUCGAAUCUUGAUGUCUUCUGAUCUAUAUAUGUCUACCAUGCUUCAAGAAGGGGUUUACGUACUUAUGCGAUCUAAAAGGUUGGUAGAUAUGUGUUGUGUGCUACGUUGCUUUGGGGUGCUUUUGUGUUAUUAUAAAACCGCAUUUGUGAUUGUAUCUGAUUACACAAACCUCUCUCUCUAUAUAUAUGGAUAUAUAUCUGUCGUCUGUCCGAAUUAAGAUCUA